CGGGAAAAGCUGAAACGCUGCGUUCUGUGCUCAAAGUAACCUCUCUCCUGACUCGGCAGUAGCACUCAGCAGACAGCGGUCAAUCACUCCCAUCUCCAUUUCUCCAAUUUUCUUCAGAAACCCCUCCAAAACCCUACCACACACUUCUCUAAAAUCCAAAACCGGCAAUCUAACUCUUUCGUUGCAAUGCCCGGCGUCGCGUCCGAAUCUGGCGGAGGUGGCGCGUCAGAUUCAAUAGGCGGUGCGCUGGUUCCCUUUUUGCCAGACUCUCAGGUUGCCGUAGUGUACCCCCUCCGCCACGGCUUAAAGCCCCCAAUUUCCCGUGUAUCUGUCUCUUGGGCUCUAGGCAACACCCUACGCGUCUCAGUUUUUCGCCCACCGGCCGUCGAAUCAGACCAUGAUGACGAUGUUGGGGGAAAAGUUUUGGAGGUGAAGCUAGGCGGCAACGGAGAUGGAGAGCUUAGUGACGCGCAAUGGCGGAGGAUAGCGUACGGCUCCGUCUCUCCUUUUGCGCUUCUUCAGAGUCGCAGGAACUCAGCUUUGAGCUUGUCCAAAAUGCAAUUAAGUCCAUCCCCAUAUCAUCUUGAAUGGUGGGAAUACGUAAUGGAGUACAGCAAGGACAUAAGUUCACUUCUUGGUCAUCCAAAGUCAUCUCCUGAUCCAGUGAUUGAAGACCCAAAGGAAGUUUUAAAGAAGGUUGAGGAACCAACUUGUUUAAAGGCUGCAUGGGAUCUGAUGGAGAUGUUUUAUGCAGACAAGCUGUCCCAAGCAUGGCUGCCUGAGCGUCUUGUCAAGUGGUUGGCGGAUUAUGAUAGCCUCCUAUCAGAUACCCAGGCAACUGUGCAUUUGAAACUUUUGGAGUUUCAAGGACGGCUGGUUACAUUGCAGGUUGUUGAGGAUGAUUCUAAAUAUUGGGAGGUGGUAUCAUCGGCUUUAGCAGUUGGUUGGCUACAGAUUGUAGUGAAAAUGUUGCGAUUGCAUGGAUCUUAUCAACUGGAUCAGCUUGGCAGUAGAGAGACAGAGAAUGGUCUUGUAGAGACCGUUGCUGUUCUUAUUUCAAAGAUGCCACGCCUGUGUCCAGAAUUGGAGGCUGGAAAUUUGGGUGAAUGCUAUAAAGCCAAGCCUGAUUUUAUGAAGGCAUGGGAGAGAUGGCGAGCACAAGUAACUAAGCUGGAUUCCAGUGCAUUCUGGGUUCAGUGUGAUCACCGUCAAACUCGAGAAGGCUUGAAAAAUUUGCUUCAGAUCUUGCUGGGAAAUGCUAGUAUUCUUUCAACUGUGACUUGUAAUUGGAUGGAGCUGUAUAUAUCUCACCUUCUAUACAUAAGACCAUUUACCGUAGGUUUAGAAAGCUUGUACAGCUUGGCUCAGAAAUGCAUUCAGUUGAAACCAAUGACCAGUCCACAUAAGUUGAUGCAGCUUAUAAUUGGAAUUCUUGGGGAAAAUACAGAGCUUAUACUAGCAGAAUGUUCAAGAGGGUUUGGCACUUGGAUGACAGCUCAUGCCAUGGAGUUUUUGACUGCUGGGAGCAAUCAAGCAGAGGUUCUUUUACAUGAGGAGCGUGAUAACUUGGGGGGAAUUAGUGUAAUGGAGCUCCAUCGACUUGUUCAUGCCCAAGUUCUAUCUUCUCAUAUCUUGACUUGGCAAAUUGCGCCGAUUUAUUUGAUAUCAUGUAUGAAGCAGGGAAUGGGAUUGUUGGAGAUUUUAUUGUCCAGGCAGCCUGUUAAACAUAAUCAAUUGCUGAUUAAGAAUUUGGAGAUUUGCCGUCUUUAUGAACUUGACAGUGUCAGCUCAAACAUCAUGAAGAUUGCUGGAAUAUACCAUUGGAAACAUGGUAGAAAAGGUUCUGGAGUUUUUUGGCUUCAACAAGCUCGAGAUGAAGUUUGUCUUAACAGAAUUGCUCAGCAGUUGUUUGAUACUGUUGGGAAGUCAAUCUCUGAUGAAAGUUUCAAGCAAUGGGAAGGUUUGAUUGAAUUGCUUGGCUCAGAAUCUAAGCCUGUUGGGGGUCUUGAGUUCCUGCACAAGUAUAGGGAUUUUAAGAGGUCCCUUAACCAGGUUUAUGAUGGAAAACCUACAGAUGCUACUAAGCAAGCUGUGGAAUCAUUAUUGUCGCUUAUGAAGAACCCUUCUACACCUCAACGGUUCUGGCUGCCUCUUCUUUAUGAUUCAUUGAAACUACUUAACUGGCAGGAGCGACCCUUAUUGAAUGUGUCUCAAACAAAUCUUCUGUUGAAUAAACUGCAAGAGUUAUCUAUGGCAAGGGUGCGUCCAGACUUUAUUGAAGCUGACUUGCCACCCCAGGCCUUGAGCUCUGUAAGACUAGCUCUUGCCACAAAUCUUGGCCGUGCCAUCCUAGAAGAGUCAUGAUAUGCUUUGUGUGACAAGUUUGAGGACAUGGUUGAACCUCGCCUUUGUGUUUCCUUGGUUACAAGCAUUGACGGCCACUAUCAUCCUGGUGAAAUUGGUAUUUGGCAAAUUCUGGGACUUGGGUAACAUGUCUAUUUAAUCUCGAGACAGCUAACGGUUCCUCUGACAAAGAGUUCAUGUUAUUAUAGAACAGCAGCAACUUGGAGAAGUCGCUAAUAUUGAGUUUGAGAUGUUAGUAUAGAGGGGUUUGAAAUUGUUGUAAAAUUAGCAAUUGCUCUUACUGAAACAAGAGAUGCCUGUUUGAGGAUUUGGAGAAUGUUUUCCAUCUAGACUGUCUAUCGAAUUGAAAGUAUAUUGCCAGAAUGGUAUCACUAACCCAGUGUCUGAAACUUUUACUUGAAUCAGCAUCAAUCCUUGGUUAUUCAUAAAUAUGUGAAUCAUGAACCGAGGAACAUUUGCCGUACUUAUCCUGUAACGUGCUUUCAAUUUGUUCAUUCGAUUUUAAUUUAUUUCUUGAAACUUCUUUUACUUU